AUGACCGACUCUCUCAGCCAAUUGGCCUCCGCCUUGGAGUCUUCAAGGGCCAUUACCAUGGAGGCAGCGGCGGUAGUCGGCUCGAAGCUAGGCGAAACGUCAUAUACAAACUACUCGAACAGUCUGAACGCUGAGCAAUUAAGGACGUUUUUGAACUCGCGGAACACCAGAGAGGUGAAGGAUGCCAUGAAGCGGAUCAUAUCCUUGAUUGUAUCUGACGACGCCACGAUUGAUGUUGAAUCAUUCUUUGCAGACGUUUUGAAGAACGUCACUUCAGAAGACCCCAAAGUGAGAAGAUUAGUUUACAUUUACAUGUUAAGGUUCGCUGAAAAGGACCCUGAUCUUUCCCUUUUGUCGGUAAACUCUUUGCAAAAGACCCUGAAUGACAGUGAUCCUGAAAUUAGAAGUUUUGCCAUCAAAGCUCUUUCAGAUAUUAAAAUUCCGUCUCUGAUUCCCAUUGUAAUGCUGAGCUUGAAAAAAUACAUUACAGAUACAUCGCCCCUGGUUAGGUCGGAAGUCGCUUACGGAUUACUUAAAGUGUACAUGUGGAAAGAUCAGGAACAUUACAGAGAGGAUGUAGGGAAUAUGCUGAAGGAAUUACUUUCGGACUCAGAACCGCGGGUCAUUUCUGCGGCGAUCCUAACUUUCAAGGAGUGUUUUGCUCAAAACCUUGAUUGGUUGCACGGUCACUACCGCUAUUUUCUGAAAGUAAUCAAACAACUGGACUCUUGGGCUCAAUCGUAUCUAAUAGAGUUGCUGAUAAGAUAUGUGAAAAAAUAUAUUGAACCACCCACAGUGACGGACAUUUCAUCAAAUGAGCCAGAAACGGCAAAAUUGAAUAAAGGAUAUAACAAAGUGCCAUUUCCAGUGUACAAAGUAGAAAUGGAUCCUGAUUUACAACUGUUUUUGGAUAAAAUAGUACCAUUGAGAUUCCGGUCCAAUCCAGUUACUGUCCUUUCGUGUUGUAGUGCUUUCUAUCAACUCGCUACCCCACAACAAUUCAAACAGUCGAAGUUUCCGGAAGCUCUUUUGAGAUCGUUCAAGACAUCCAACGACACAGCCAUUCAAGUUAAUCUCUUACACGCUGUUUUGUUGUAUUCGAAAAUGGAUUCCACCUUAUUUUGUCGCCAUGUCAACAGCUUUUUUGUUCUCCCAACGGACACAAUCUUGACGUCGUGUUUGAAACUCGAAAUACUGGCCACUCUGGCUAAUACAUCCAACAUGAACACGAUUAUCCGUGAGUUGAAGUAUUAUAUAUCGCAUUCAAAAUUUGAGAGAGUCAUAAUAAGCGCUGCAUCCACGUUGGCCAGUUGUACUAAUUUCUCGACGGGGCUCGAAACACAUGUAAUGAAAUGGCUUAUAUCACGGAUGGAGAGUAGCACCCUUUCCAGUAGUGUUCUCGACUGUUAUGUUAGUAUUAUCCGGAAACUGGUAAUCAACGAUCCAGUUAAGCAUCUUCCUAUUUUGAUCAAACUUGCAGAUAUCCUAGAAACUCAAGCUGGUAUGGCUGAUAAUGCUAGGGCAGGGUUAAUAUGGCUCUUUGGUGAGGUUGCACUAAUAGAGUAUAGGAUAUGCCCUGAUAUUCUUCGAAAGCUCGUUCCAAGCUAUUCGGACGAGGGUGUUGAAACAAGAAAUGCAAUCUUACUAUUUGCUGCUAAACUUCUUUCAUGUGAGAUUGACAAAGAUGCCGCUAACUUUGAUAUGGGGAGUUCUAGAAUUGCCGCAAUUUACGAAAGUGUGUUAUAUCUUGCAAAAUUCGACGAUUCGUUUGACGUUAGAGACCGUGCCAGAUGGAUCUCAUCUAUUUUUGAGUCUAAAAGAUACGAAAUUGCUGCACUAUUGUUCCAAGCUCCCAAACCAACUACAAACAAGUGUACGGAUAACUCUUUCAGUAACGAUGAUGUCGCUGAUAAUUCAAUAGAGACGUACUUCGAAUACAUACCCUGGAAUAGCACCCUGGAAACAUUCGAAGAUGACAUAAGAAAGGAGACUCCAUUGAAAGAUUAUGCAAAGUACAAGACUAGUAUAUCUUCAAACAGCUUUAUUAGCGGCAACAAUAUGUCUAGGUCGUUCCAAAGCGGAAGCUCUGAAGGCGACAAUAUAACGAAGGUUUCUGGAUCUGCUGAUUCCAAGCCAAGAUCGAAUAAUUUUACCUCAACUACUGGUAGAAAGUAUAAGUUGCAAAGUUUGGAUGAGUUUUUUGCGGAUAUUCCAGUUUCUUCAGUCAAAAACACUGUACCUACGAACGGCAACAGCCGACAAGUUAGAAGAGUAAUUGAGGAAGAGGAGACGUCUUCAUCUGAGGAAGAAACCAGUGGCGAGUACGAAACUGAUUCAGGAGACGAUAGCAGCACAGAGGAAGAUGUGCAACAUGAUCCACCUAAUAGCCCACCGCGUGUGCAAUAG